AUUCAAUUGCUACUACUACAGACUCAUAUUAUGAUGCAGAUUCAAUUGCUACUACUACAGACUCAUAUUAUGAUGCAGAUUCAAUUGCUACUACUACAGAUUCAGUUUAUGGUGUAGAUUCAAUUACUACUACUACAGACUCAGUUUAUGACCCAGUUUAUGGUGCAGAUUCAAUUACUACUACUACAGAUUUAGUUACUCAUCCUACAGUUUUAGUUGCGGAUUUUGUUGCUACUACAAGUUCAUUUACUACUACUAAAGCUACUAACGCGCAGCACCCUUUCCCUGAUAUAACCCCAAAAGAGGCUAAUGCAAAAUUAGGUAACCAAGAUUCUAGUGUCGAUACAAAUGGCGGCGAUGGUUUUGGCACUGGAACUGCUGCUGGCAUCGUAGGAGCUGCUCUGCUUGCCUUUGGAUUGGUCGGAUUGUUUAUUCAUCGUAAAGUGAAUGCAGGUAAAAAAAAGGAUAUAGAAAAAGAUAUAAUGUCCAAUCCGAAUGAUGCUUUUGACAAUAAUAAGCCACCUGGUUCUUCUCAUAUGUCUCAAUUAAUGGAGACAAACAACGAUGAGAAUAUAAAAGAAACUAGUUAUGACGUAUAUUCAAAUGACGUAUAUUCAAAUGAAAUGAAUAUUCCAAGUAUAGAACCACUUAGUCCACUACAAUUAUCCCCUAACAAUGUUGGUUCUCAACUCCUAAAUGAAGACCCUACUUUGCCCAUUAUUCCUCCACUCGUAUUUGCAAAUAAUACCAAUAAUCAUUCUCAGAAUCUCAACGCAUUCGAACAAAGUUCUCCACAACCUCCUGUCGUUUCUUCAAGACAAUCAUUUUAUGGUGAAUCGUUGUAUUCAUCAAUUUAUACCAUGACUCCAUCUCUUUCCACACAAGAUCCAUCGCAAUCUAAAGGCUCUUUCGUGGAUUUGUCACGUUCAACAGCUUAUCCUGUUCCAUUUGUUGCUGUUUCUGCUACUUCUGAUAUAAAUAAUUAUGACAAUAUUAAAGAAACUGACAGAUAUUCAAUCGAAAGUGCUAAUUUAAAUGAUGUAGAUAAUUACAUAUUGGAACCUGAACACAUAAGACCGGAUUCAUUUCUUCUAACAGACUUGAUGAAUAGUCCUCUCGAUGAAAAAGUUGGUCAUCAAAUCACAAAUAACUCAACAUAUGAGGAGUCAACGAAUGAUAAAUUUACUUACUUACCUACAAAUUCAAAUGAUAUUGCUUCCGAAAUAUCAUUAUCAAACCCUGUU